CUGAUGUCCUUGCUUUUAGGUUAACGCUGGUAUGUGUGAAGCCUUGUUCCUCUGCCGUUCUUGGUGCUGAAUGUCUUUGUAUGUUUCGUAUUAGACGAGGCUUAUGUCUGAAUUAAACGCCAAUCUAGCUGUUAAGUGUUGGGAGCAACUCUAAAUCCAGCUCUGUGGCUGUAAACACAGGUUCAGCUGGUGGUUGUUGUUGUUAGGCGCUGUACUGGAGGGAACUCACUAACUAUCCAACUCGUCUGUCCGGAUUGGCUACGGAAACACUUCCCUUAUAGACAGAAAGCAAAAGAGUGAACUGUAAGGGUGCGUUAACAAACCCGGCCAUGUCUGCGUUCAUCCUCUUCGUUGGAGUCUCUGUAGCCGUUUUCAUUAUAAUCCGGAAAAUGGUGUCAGGGGCGAGAUGUAAAAGUAAGGCGAAACUUCACGGCAAAACGGUGAUUGUUACAGGCAGCAACACGGGCAUCGGGAGAGAAACGGCGGUGGAUUUGGCCAGAAGAGGAGCUCGAGUCAUCCUCGCGUGCCGCAGUCAGGUCCGGGGUGAAGUGGCCGUGGCUAUCGUGAAAAGAGAGAGCCGGAGCAGUAACGUGGUGUUCAUGCAGCUGGACCUGGCCAGUCUGAAAUCCGUUCGCACCUUCGCUGAGACUUUCCUCAAAACCGAGAAGAGACUCGACAUCCUCAUCAACAAUGCAGGCAUUUAUAUGCAGGGCACUACAGAGGACGGCCUGGGCUUAAUGUUUGGAGUCAAUCACAUUGGUCACUUCCUCCUGACUAAUCUGUUGCUGGACAGGCUGAAAGAGUGUGCUCCGAGUAGAAUAGUUACAGUGUCCUCAAAGCUUCAUGAGAGUGGAAACCUUGAUUUUAGCCUCCUUAGUGCACAUAAAGAGUUUGGAACAGGUGAUUCCUUCUUUGACGUUUUGUGGAUAUACAGCCACAGCAAGCUGUGUAAUGUGCUGUUCACGCAUGAGCUUGCAAAGAGGCUGCAAGGAACCAAUGUCACCUGCUACAGCCUCCAUCCAGGGGUUGUCAAUUCUGACCUGGUUCGCCAUAGCCGCCCAGUGUUGAGAAACAUAAUGAAACCCAUUGCAGCCGUGUUCUUUAAGGACGUGGAGGCAGGGGCUCAGACCACUCUACACUGUGCUGUGCAGGAGGGCAUUGAAGGCCUGAGUGGCCAGUACUUCUCCAAUUGUGCAGUGAACAAAGUCCUGCCCAAAGCUCGGGACGAUGCAGUGGCCAAGAAGCUUUGGGAAGUGAGUGAAAAGCUGUGUGGCCUCUCCUGAGUUAACCUUUGGCCCUCAUUGCUGACCAGUAUAGCCUUACAGUUCAGAGGUGUUUACACGAAACAGCUUGAGUUUGAAUGUAGAUUGCAGCAUCUAAGCUCUCUAGGUACAGUUUUUAUGAUUAGUAAAAUGAGUGUUUGUCCUCAUACUUUGUGUAUAAUAAAACUACAAAGAAAGAUCA